AUGUCCUUUUUAAGUUAUGUUUUUUCAUAUAAGAAAAUUAAAAGCGUUAAAAAUUUAAACGGAAGUACACAAAGUUUCAGGGAGAUAAGACAUACAAAUUUCCAUGAAUUAGGAACAAAAGAUGUUGUCGAAGAGGACCAUGAGAAAUUAACUGUUGAUGUGAAAGAUGGGAUUAUUUACAUCACUUCAAAAAUGCCACUUAAUGAACAGAACAAAAUAAGAAGUAUGGCAAUUUAUACAAUGAGUUACCCUAAAGAACAAUUAGAUAAGUUAAAAGAAUUUUUAAAAGAUUAUGUAAAGGAGCCAGAAAAAUUAUUAACGAUUGAAAAAUUAUAG